AUGGCUGGAGAACUACAUAAAUGGAUGUGCAUUUUGGUCUUUUUGCUGAUAUUAUUGAAAAAAACUGAAAGCUACUCUGACUCUGUUGACAUUACAUAUGUUAAAAGUGCUGUGGAAAAAGGAGGAGUUUGUUUGGAUGGAAGCCCACCUGCAUACCAUCUUGAUAAAGGAUUUGGAAAAGGAAUUGACAAUUGGUUAGUUCAUUUUGAGGGAGGAACAUGGUGCCAUAACGUAAAGACUUGUCUCGCUCGGAAAAAAACCCGACUCGGCUCCUCCAAACUUAUGGAGAAACAGGUCGUUUUUUCCGGGAUCUUAAGCAACAACAAGAAGUUUAACCCUGAUUUUUACAACUGGAAUCGAAUCAAGGUUCGAUAUUGCGAUGGCUCGUCGUUCACUGGCAACAAAACAAAAGUUGACCCUAAAACGGGACUUCACUACCGUGGGGCGAGGGUCUUUGCUGCAAUAAUGGAUGACCUAUUGGCGCAAGGAAUGUCGAACGCUCAAAAUGCAGUUCUAUCCGGAUGCUCGGCUGGCGGGUUAGCAUCGAUUCUUCAUUGUGAUAAAUUCGCGGCUCUUUUUUCUCCCGACACGAAAGUCAAAUGCUUUGCCGAUGCCGGUUUCUUUCUUGACGCGAAUGAUAUCUCAGAUCUUGCGCCUAUCGAAAAUUUCUACGAUGAUGUUGCCAAGACGCAUGGGUCGAUAGAGAGUUUACCGCAACCGUGCAUAUCGAUGAUGUGGCCGAGCCAGUGUUUUUUCCCACAAAACAUGUUGCAAGACAUUCAGACACCCCUUUUCUUUGUAAAUGCUGCUUAUGAUUCAUGGCAGAUUAAGAACAUCCUGGCACCUAGAGCUGCUGAUCCACGUGACCGGUGGAAAAAUUGCAAGGCUGCGAUAACGAAAUGUUCGCCGGAUCAAAUCGAAAUCUUGCAAAGCUACAGAAAACAAUUCAUAGACUCGUUAAUAAACGCUUUGGAUUCGUCCGAGUCGGCAGGAUACUUCAUCAACUCUUGCUACGCGCACUGCCAAACCGAAACACAGGAAACGUGGCUUAGUCAAGGCUCUCCCCGGUUGAACCAAAUGACGAUAGCUAAAGCAGUCGGAGAUUGGUAUUACGACCGGAGCUCGUUUCGGGGUAUCGAUUGCCAGUAUCCUUGCGACAAAACGUGCUAUAAUCAGACCUUUGAGCCUUCAGAAAUGUAG